CAGGCGGCGGCGGCGGCGGCACCUGCCCGAGGGCAGCUAGAGCCGGGCGCUGAGACCUGCCCAGCACGCCCCGGACCCAGGGACCCUUUGAAACACUGCCCGGACCUGUCCUCCACCGGGUGUCCAAGAAGGAAGCGGCCGGCUUUACCUCCCGCGGGGGAGGCGGGCAGGGCAAGAAGACCGAGCUUGUUGCGGUGGGGACCCCCGAGAGGGUUCCGGCGACGCCGGGUGACCGGCAGCGCCCGCAGCUGCAGUCCCGCUCUGGACUCAGACGCGGCUGGGAGGCAGCGGCCAGGACCUCGGGCUCCCGGGGUUCGCCCCGCUGCCCGGGCGCAUUUCCGCGCCUGGCCCGGCGUUUGGUGGACAGGGCGAUGGGUCCUAGUCGGGACUGAGCGCCCCUACCUCUCUCCCCGACCCCGCCACACCGCCCCUCCCUCUGCUUCCCCGAAGGCGAGCCGCGAUCUGCGCCGCCCCUUUCCUCUCCCGUGCCCCCAGCUCCCCUUCCUCUGUCCCCUCCCUCCCCGGGACCCAUUCCCUGGACCACCAUGGCCGCGGCCAUCGCCAGCGGCUUGAUCCGCCAGAAGCGGCAGGCGCGGGAGCAGCACUGGGACCGGCCGUCUGCCAGCAGGAGGCGGAGCAGCCCCAGCAAGAACCGCGGGCUCUGCAAUGGCAACCUGGUGGAUAUCUUCUCCAAAGUGCGCAUCUUCGGCCUCAAGAAGCGAAGGUUGCGGCGCCAAGAUCCCCAGCUCAAGGGUAUAGUGACCAGGUUGUAUUGCAGGCAAGGCUACUACUUGCAAAUGCACCCCGAUGGAGCUCUGGACGGAACCAAGGACGACAGCACUAAUUCUACACUGUUCAACCUCAUCCCAGUGGGACUGCGCGUUGUUGCCAUCCAGGGUGUGAAGACAGGGUUGUACAUAGCCAUGAACGGAGAAGGUUACCUCUACCCAUCCGAACUUUUUACGCCUGAAUGCAAGUUUAAAGAAUCUGUUUUUGAAAACUAUUAUGUAAUCUACUCAUCCAUGCUAUACAGACAACAGGAAUCUGGUAGAGCCUGGUUUUUGGGAUUAAAUAAGGAAGGGCAAGUUAUGAAAGGGAACAGAGUAAAGAAAACCAAACCAGCAGCUCAUUUUCUACCCAAGCCAUUGGAAGUUGCCAUGUACCGAGAACCAUCUUUGCAUGAUGUGGGCGAGACGGUCCCGAAGGCGGGUGUGACGCCGAGUAAAAGCACAAGCGCGUCUGCAAUAAUGAAUGGAGGCAAACCAGUGAACAAGAGCAAGACCACAUAGCCAGACCCUCAGGGUUGUGACUUUCCGUCCCGAGCACAGCUGAGCGAUUUAUCCCCACCAGACAUUCCUGCUCCCGUGCCGGCCAGCAGCGGGACGCAAGCAGAUGCCUGCCCUCCGCUGUCUCCGAACUUCUCUGUCGCAAGUGGAUAAAUCAACCUGUGGCGCCCCCCACACAGGAAGACACCUGGAUUACCAGCCAAACUCAGACCAUGGAAUGCCCUACCAGAUAUGGAAUGCCUUUUUAAUAUCUUUUCUGUGACUGUGACACUUCAUGUGAAUGACAUCCUUCACAAGUACACUCGAUACCUUGCCUGCUGACAGCUACCCAUAAUCUUUUUGAGUCCUGUUUCAGCGAGAUCCAUGUGUUUAAGUUCAAUUUUGUAGCACACGAAUAAUAUUGAGUAAUUUCUAGUUAGACGCUGUAAACCUGUGCUAUUAUGGAUUUCUCUUCCCGUUUUUACAGGGCUGCUUGCUCCACUGUCUGUGACCCUUGCCGGGGUUGUGUUCCUCUAGAUCCUCCGUGUCCUAGUUGGCUUAGCUCGGAGAGCAAUCAGGGAAUCAGGAAGCCUUCGAAACCUAUUAUUACAAAUUGCAUCUACAAAGAUUAAGAUCGUUGUCUCUGGCUCACAUUACCGGUUAAACACACAUAUACACUCUCUGCAGUGGCAGGUCCUGUGCUCCCCAGGUCGGCGUUGCCUGGUGGGGUGAGGUCAAACACAAUCCCUGGGAUGCUCUCUCAGGUAGUGUUGGACGUCCCCUCUAGGUUCUUUGUGUGUGUGUGUGUGUGUGUUUUAUACAUAUCACAAGCUUACUGGUAAUGGUAACAUUUGCCUUGCCCAGCGAGCAAGACCCACUGGUUUUUGAGAAAGUGGGUCCAAAGAAUUCUGUAGGCCUUGUAGGCCUGAUUAAGGUUCAUUUUUCAUCUAUGAAUCCUCAUUAUUGGGAAAAAAAAAAAAAGGAAAACAAU